AUGGAAUCGAAAUCAGUCUGUUCAAAGUAUUCGCCACAUGACACAGAUGUUUACUUCUCGCAGAUCAUCCAACGGCUGUUCCGCAAAUGGAGAUCCGUCAUUAAGCGGGGCGGGCGGAUCUUAUCGCGUGAGAAAAUCUUUCCCCGACGCCUCCAAACCUGGAACCACCUCCGGUUCGUCUUCUUCUCCCUCUUUCUGCUCACUUUCAUCCCCCCCACAAUGGCUGCCCAGGCGACCGAGAAGCUCGAGCAGCUCGAUUUGAACGGCCAGAACGGCGCCCAGGCCGACGCCCCCGCGGCUGGCCAGACGGUCUCUGGUGACGCCGAGGAUGAUUCCGACGACGACGAUCAGGUCGAAGGCGAGGGUGCUGCUGACGCCGGAGCAUCUGGAGCUGCCAAGAAAAAGAAGAAGCGCAAGUCAAAGAAGAAGAAGAAGGGCGGUGCCAAGGUCCAAAGCGAGCCACCCCGGGUCCCCGUCUCACAAUUAUUCUCCAACAACACAUACCCCGAGGGUGAGAUUGUCGAGUACAAGAACGAGAAUUCAUAUCGCACAACCAAUGAGGAGAAGCGCUACUUGGACCGAAUGAACAAUGAUUUCCUGCAGGAGUACCGUCAAGGUGCCGAGGUCCACCGUCAGGUUCGCCAGUACGCACAGAAGAACAUUCGCCCUGGCCAGACAUUGACGGAAAUCGCCGAAGGCAUUGAGGAUUCUGUACGUGCGUUGACCGGUCACUCGGGUCUGGAGGAAGGCGAUAACCUCAAGGGUGGUAUGGGUUUCCCAUGCGGUCUGAGCAUCAACCACUGCGCAGCUCACUACACUCCUAACGCGGGCAACAAGAUGGUCUUGAACCAAGGAGACGUCAUGAAGGUCGACUUUGGUGCUCACAUCAAUGGUCGCAUUGUCGACAGUGCGUUCACCAUGAGCUUUGAUCCCGUCUAUGAUCCGCUUUUGGAGGCUGUCAAGGAUGCCACCAAUACUGGAAUUCGGGAAGCCGGAAUUGACGUCCGUAUGAGCGAUAUCGGUGCCGCCAUUCAAGAAGCCAUGGAGAGCUACGAGGUCGAACUCAACGGAACGAUGCAUCCAGUCAAGUGUAUUCGCAACUUGAAUGGACACAACAUCGAACAGCAUGUCAUCCACGGAGGCAAGAGUGUGCCAAUUGUCAAGGGAUCUGAUCAGACUAAGAUGGAGGAAGGUGAAGUCUUUGCUAUCGAGACUUUCGGUAGUACCGGCAAGGGAUACGUUCGCGAAGAGAUGGAAUGCUCUCACUACGCUAUCGCUCAAGAUGCACCCAAUGUGCCUCUUCGCCUUUCUUCCGCUAAGAGCCUGUUGAAUGUGAUCCAAAAGAACUUUGGCACAUUACCAUUCUGUCGCCGGUACCUCGAUCGCUUGGGUCAGGAGAAGUACUUGCUUGGACUGAACAACCUGGUCUCCUCUGGCAUUGUGCAAGACUAUCCUCCACUUUGCGAUAUCAAGGGCUCUUAUACCGCCCAAUAUGAGCAUACCAUUGUACUCCGUCCUAAUGUGAAGGAAGUCAUCAGCCGUGGAGACGACUAUUAA